AUGGCGACUCCCGGCUCCUGUAUUGUGAUCAGCGAUGAGGAGCAGGGCUAUGACCUCGACCUGUUCUGUAUCCCCAAGCACUACGCGGACGACCUGGAGCGAGUCUACAUCCCCCACGGACUCAUACUGGACAGGACGGAGAGGUUGGCGCGCGAGAUCAUGAAGGAGAUGGGCGGCCACCACAUCGUCGCUCUGUGCGUGCUCAAGGGAGGAUACAAGUUCUUCGCCGAUCUGCUCGACUACAUCAAAGCCCUGAACCGAAACAGCGACCGCUCCAUCCCGAUGACCGUGGACUUCAUACGCCUCAAGAGCUACUAUAACGACCAGUCGACAGGUGAAAUCAAAGUAAUCGGUGGGGAUGAUCUUUCAACAUUGACUGGAAAAAACGUUUUGAUUGUGGAGGAUAUCAUCGACACGGGAAAGACAAUGAAGACGUUACUUGAACUUCUUAAACAGUACAAACCCAAAAUGGUCAAAGUAGCAAGUUUGUUGGUAAAGAGGACACCGAGAAGCGUUGGAUACAGACCUGACUAUGUUGGGUUUGAAGUGCCAGACAAAUUUGUGGUGGGAUAUGCACUUGACUACAACGAGUACUUUAGAGAUUUAAAUCAUAUCUGCGUUAUCAGUGAAUCAGGGAAGGAGAAGUACAAGGCAUGA